AUGGCUUAUUAUAUAAUAACGCAAAUGUGCAUUCGUACAUCUCAUACACAAGUUUAUUUCUGUUUAACUCUUAUACAUAUACAUUUACAUAUUAUGGCUCGAAUUCAAUUGAUUCUUCUUGCCGUAUUUUUUGCCUUUCUCUUCAUAACAAAUACAUCUGUCAAUGGACAAUGUGUUACAUGGUGGCAGAGUGGCGGUUGUUGUCGAGCUAGUCAUCGACAACGCUGUGUGGUAAAUGGGAUGAAACUCUGCUGUUCUGUCCAACGUGAACUUGGACGAACGACUCAAAUGGACACAGAUGAGAGUACAUCACCUCGUUACAAUCUUGAUUCCAACUAG